AUGCGAUCGAUUUUAUUGAUCUUAUCGAUUGCCUCAUGUGGCUUUGGUGUAAAACCUAUUUGGCGUACUCCAGUUACUGAUGUACGCAAAAAUGCUACCUCUCGAACUCAACGUGCAUCGUUUUCGGUGCCGUUAGAAGGGUUACCCGGUUAUGUUGGACAAAAGCAAGUACCGUACUAUACUCGACCGGAAGACUUCAAAAUCCCGGACUAUCGACCAGCGAAGCCGAAUGCCUUCCAGCCAAACUUUCAACCGGGUUUCCAGCCAAAUUUCCGGCCGAACAACUUCCAGCCGAAUCCUCAACAAACAAACCUUCGACCAUUUUUCAUCCCUAAUCAAUUCAUACCUCAGCAAUUUAUACCUCAACAGUUUCGACCGCUCAAUCAAGGGAAUAACUUCGUUGGACAACCUCCAUUCAAUCCCAACUACCGAACUGGACCUCAAUACCCUGGCAAUCGUGUUGUCUACCCUCCUCCCCAAUCAGCUUUCCCGGUCGUGAAUAAUGGCAGAAAUCAGUGGUUUGUUCCACAAAGCGCUUUCCCUUACUUGGAAGGAUCUGGUCCGGUACCACCCCAAGGCAUCUACGGACCUACGACGACUUCAUAUGUGACCGCUCCACAAGUGCCAUCAGUGAACCCUCAAAAUUAUCAGGGUACACUCCCAACGCAGCCAUCUGCAAAUCCCGAGCGGAUAACGACUCCUACUAUUCAUCGACCUUUAACGGACAUGGUACCUAACCGUACAACUAAGGGUUGGUACAACCCUACUAGUACUACCAGUACUGCUAGUCGUGGAGAAACCACCACCACCACCAGUACGGCCGCCACGGACCGUACAUCCGGAAUGCGCCAUAUUUUCAUCUCAGAGACAGAUUCGAUCUCUAGUUCAUCAUCGAAUACACCCACAUCAUCUUCAGCGACAGCGACGCCUUCAGGAACGGGAUCCACUCGACAAUCCGUAGAUGAAGAACUUCUGAAGGUCGUGUCACCAAAAGGACCUAUUCCACCGCCAGUGUGGUCCACACCUUCGACAGGACCUUCCCGGCCAACAACACCAUCUUCAGAGUUUCCAAAGCUGGUGUGGUCCACACCUUCGACAGCACCUUCCCGGCCAACAGCAACAUCUUCAGGGUUUUCACCGCCAGUGUGGUCCUCAUCAUCGGCAGUACCUUCCCGGCCAGUAACAGCAUCUUCAAGGUUUUUUGAAGAGACCGAAGAAACAGAAGAAGCUGAAGAAACAGAAGAAACGACACCGGAAUAUAAUGAAGAGAUCUACGAUCAUUCGGAACAGUUUGUUGAAAAGGGUACGACGAAGGCCGUUCAGCAAACGAAAGUCAGUCCCGCUGGCACGACAUACGUUCCCAGGCCCAUUGCGACUCAGGGAUAUCAGCCUCCCGGCCAUCUACCUGAAGACUUUUCCAAGCAUAUCGACGUCAGUUUUCUGAAGCCAACCCCGUCGACGUGUGUAGGACCGUUGUGCGGAGUUGACGUUGACAAGGUAUCAUUGUACAAGCCGGAAAGUGCCGAAGCCGGUCACCGACCAACACUACUGAUCUCUAACGCUGCAAAGGGUGAUGCUGCUCGACUCGGUUACAUUCCUCCCCCACCGAAGCCAGUUUCUGAGUUUGGACCUUUACCACCCGAGUACAACUACUCACGACCGUAUCCAGGAUAUCGUCCGGUCUUCUACAUUUUUCUUGACCGACUGGCUUUCGCAGUCGCGUGA